AUCAUGCGAGAUUGGUGGAAGAUAUCAAGUUAUUUGACGUAGUAGACCUUUCGGGUGUCAAUGAAACGACAGGUUAUCAUUCGAAUUCCAAGGCAUAUGAAUUCACGGCGACAGUGGGUGCUUUGGUUGCGUUCGCAAAUGUUUCUACUCAAUUUGCCAAAGAGACAUUUUUGGUCAACGAAUUCACAGUAAAGGCGUAUCUUCUGCCAGCAGCUGGUUCGAAAGGUGGAACGAUUGUAUUCUUUUCUCGUGGGACGAGAAAGGGUGCUGCUUUUAACGUCGCAUACGAGUAAUUAAUUCACUAUUCAAUGUUAUGUAUUUUUAGUUUGUAUCACUGUAUGAGCGCACAUCAAUUUUGAAAUUGGGAUAAAUUGCAUGCAUUCGGGGGUGGUAUAUAUCCAUCAGUAACACAACUAUGAACCACAACACAACCUGGCAACCAUACACCAUCUUUACCACCCGACAUAUCUUGUCUUGUAUGUAUAUAUUCACCACUUGACAGAUCUUGUAUGUACAGUAGAACCACUUAACAUGAUCUUGCAUCACCUGACAAUAUUACACCAGUAUGUCACUGGACAUGUCUUGUAUGUACAGUAAAACUAUUUGACGCGACUGUACACCACAUAUGAACCACGUGACAAGCAUACACCAUGUUCACCUUACAGACCUUGUACGUGCAGCAGAACUAUCUGACACAACUGUACCACGUUACAGUUCCACGCCAGUUGACAGGCAUUGCACCCGACACAAUUUAAGUAGCUAAGUGCAUAAUUAUCAUGCAGUAUAAAUGGACAGAGGCGUAGGCAUGAAGGGAGAAGGGGCGAUCCCCUUCAAUGAAGUCCGGGCUGGUUGUAUAAAACGUUUAAUUAAGUAGUACUUUUAAACCACUAUUUUGUAAUUAAUUAAUAAUUAAGUGUUAGUUGAUUUGUUUUAGAAAUGCAAAAAGUGGGUUUUAGAUCUAAUAUAGCGUAUUUUGACUACCACAACUACGUGGGUAUAAAGCUUUCACUCAUAUACAGACAUUGCUUUUAACAUUCAGUUUAAAAUCAAUAAAGAAAAAUGCUAUGUUUGAUAUAAAAUCUCGCUUAAUACGCUUGUUAAAUAAUAUGGGAGGGACCUAUAUAAACGUGUAUAAAUAUAACGGCACACGUGUAUAAAUAUAACGGCAAACCUGUACGUUUGAAACCUAAACAAACGUGGAAAAACAUUUGCAGUUGACCAUGGCAAGUGGUAGUAACAUUAACUACCCUUUUAUAUUACCGGCUGCAGGUUCUUGGAGCUAUAUUGUGGUUAAUGCAACAGAAUUUUGUAUCUCAGGAUGUGAGAAUUUCUUUUGCUGGAGUUUCAUGCACUCGUACUCUCCCCCCCCCCCUCCCCCCUCCUACGAUUCUCACAUCUGAACAUAUUCUCUCCCGCCAAGAAACGCGAGUGUAAAUAUGUGAGUAUGUAAAUAGACAAAACUAAUCAUCUAAAUAUAAACUAUAAUUCUAUUUCAGAUGGAAGACAAGUACCAGUCUCCAAGUUGAAUCUUCAUUCUAUAUUGAGUUCAAUGGUUAUUCAGUUUCAUGUGAAUUCGACAAUGUGAACGGCAUUCCCAGAGAUGCAUGGGUACACCUUGACGUGCGUGUACAUAUGCAGGAGAGGUUAAUUAGAUGCGAAAUUGGAACAGACACAGGUAAAAAGUUUUACCGUUAUGCAGGAACAACCAGUGAUGCACCGAUAGACCAGUUUCCAUUAGAUGGCAAGUUAAGGUUGGCGCAGCAAUUGUUGUCUGGAUCGGAACACAUUCUGGGCAUUACAGAACGUUUUUUG